CGACUGGCAAAGUGGGCGGAAUUCCGAGAGCCUGACAUCGAAAAAGCACCCGAAGGAGUUUUUAGGUCGUUGUACUACUGCUUUGUGACCGUCUACGGGGCCUACAUCUCGUGGUUCAGUGGUAAAUACAACUUCAUUCAACAACCAUGCGAAGUGUACACCAACCAGACUAAUUUGGGUAAGGUUUGUGCCUAUUUCUUUGUCCUCAUACCACGAAUGCUAGGCUACUACUUGUCAGGAGUCUAUUUGGAAUUGUACAUGGACAAAAAGAGAAAAGAUUCCACCAUGAUGUUGAUGCAUCAUCUAGUGACGAUCAUGUUGGUAUAUGUCUCCUACAUUGCAAGGUACUACUACCAUGGUUGCAUCGUAUUCUUUCUGCACGACAUCUCUGAUGCGAUUCUAGAGACGGGAAAGUACAUUGUGAAGAUGUGCAUUCGACUACUCACAGGCAAAGAUAAACAAGUAGAAGACAUUCGGGAGCGAGAAAUGGCAGACUCCACAGGCCAGUACAUGAAUGGGACCCGCUUGUCCAAAAAGGCGGACUAA